CAUAACAUAUAUCUUUAUAGCCAUGAUAGAAGUCCCCUCAAAACAACACCGAAAACCCCCAGUUACACAUACCAGGGAGCUCUAAUUGGAUGCGAGAGGUCCCUAGGACAGGCACCCGCGUAACAGAGCAACGACCACCCAAAAGGAUACCAUAUCCCGAGACGACAGCGAUAGCAACGACAGCACCUUCAAAACACAAAUGCCACCAUCCCCAAUGUCGGUUGCACCAAAAUCGCAAUUUACAUCAAAAUAUAAAGCAGACCCAGCAACACAACCAGAGGUUGAUGUCAUGGUCUUGGACUAUCUCGUGUGCAAUGCAAUCAACGCGAUACUGAGAUCACGAAUUGCAGAAAGACAAGGACAAGCACACAGCUGGGAUGUUGCCGGACUUCUGAGCCUGUCCAGUAAAUUCGAAUAUAUCUUCUCGCGCACCCAUGCUGAAGCCCCCUUCUCGCAGGACCUGGUCAUAAAGCUGCAGCUCCUAGCUUUCAUUAGUCGUUUCCUUUGCCGUUCAAUGUUGGAAAAGCCAUUCUCUCCAUCAACCAGGAAAAACGAACGUGCCGACAAGGGAAUUUCCGGAAUACCCCCCACGGUCAGCCAGUCUCUACAUAGCUUGCUGUCGUCCGAGUCACGAGAGUCUCGAGUUGAUACAACUGUUCUGGAUGGAAGUAGUCACCCAGUGCCAUCGCUUAACAGCAGGCACACGAAGGGGAAAGCAAUACCACUGUUAGACACUAUCCCCGAUCUCAUAGCACUCUGUACACUUGCAGCUGCCGAAGUAUCGGAAGAACGGUGGCUUGGCCUUCUCGCCAGGUUUAUGCUGCAAGCUAGCCUCGAAACAUACCUAGAUCAUGGAGAAGCGUCACCAGAGCACCUCAAUAGGUGUUUUACCUGGACUCCCACAGAGCCCAGUCGUGCACUCAAGUGGGAACAAGAACGGACUAGAUACUUGGACCAUUUGCAACCACGAGCCGGAGACUCUCUUUACACCCAUCUGGAAAAUCUAUCGAAGGAGUUCUCGAUGUUCCAACUAGAGGGCAUAGUAAUCGAGUUUCUCGUUGAGCUUGUGAGAAUGCUAAAACCGCCUGUGUUAAUCCAGCUCGAGCGAGGGAAACUCGAAGGACUCAGCUACGCAGAAACAUUAAUGUUUAAGGGUCAAGCAGGACUUUGAUCCAUCUACUUUUUUAUAGACCUGUACUUUUACGUGACAUACUCCUAAUACUACCAAGUCUAAAAAAGAAGAGCAGAGGAGUGGAAGUCACAGCAGUGAUAUAGUAAAGUAAUCAGUGCUUCCCUAGAUUUCGUUG